GGACGCCACCGGGGAGCAGAUGGAGAGCUCCGCUCUGCUGCUCAGCCUCGGGCCUCAGCUGCCCUGUCAUGAUCCUGCCAGUCUUCCCCUUGUUUUCCUGUGUUUUUUUUUAUUGCUACAUUUGCGAAUGCUUGUGUUAACCGCCCAUCUGCUCUGGAUCAGGUAUUUGCCAAGGGUUUUGUGAUAAUUACUUUGAUAUUUACUUUGUAGAAAUAAAGCUGGUAUGUUUAAACUACUUUGUUAAGGAUAAUUGCCAGCUGUUUACUUACAUGUACAUUUCAUUUAUUUUAAUAGAAACAACACACUACUUUAAACAUGCCCUGGUGAACCUGUAGUUGUGGUAAUGCAUCAUUGGGAAUAAAAUAUUGGAAUUGGAAGUAAGCUUCGUUUGUCUAAUUGGAAAUCAGGCCAGCUUGUUAAGAAUGGUGACUAUGGCUGAAUGUUGCUAUGCACCAAUUGAAAAAGAGUGUUUUCGAGAAAUUCGAGACAGACCACAAGCCAUUAAUAGCCAUCAUCAAGAAAAACCUCUGCGAGAUGUCACCGCGAAUUCAAAGACUGAUGAUGAAGCUAAAACGCUAUGAUUUUGACCUGAUCUACUCACUGUGUAAGCACAUUGUUCUCCCUGAUGCUCUGUCCAGGGCACGAAAGUGAAGCACACAGCGAGAGUUACAGAGACUGAUGUGAAUCUCCAUGUGAACAUAAUCACUGAAUCACUACCCAUGUCUGAUGUGAAAUCCAAGCAGAUUGCAGCUGAAACGGAGAAAGGCCUAGAGGUGAAUGUCAACAGCAUUACAACAUCAGAGCAGAGCUGAGUCGUCAACGGGCUUCUACUCAGAAACAACAGAAUUAUCAUUCCUCAGUCACUGAGAUCAGAGAUGCUGAAAAGGCAGCACGAGGGGCACCUGAAUAUGGAAAAAUGCAAGAGAAGGUCCAGAAUAGCCGUUUAUUGGCUAGGAAUCAAUGCAGACAUCGCCAGGAUGGUCUCAUGCUGUGAGACCUGUCAGAAGCAUCAAGCAAAACAGCCAAAAGAGCCUAUGGCAAUCACAGACCUACCAGAUGAGCCAUGGGAGAAAGUCGGGACUGUCCUGUUCCACCUGGGUAGAAAGAAUUACUUACUGGUGACCUUUCAAACUAUCCUGCGAUGGCGCUGCUUCCCAGCAUGUCUGCUACCUGUGUGAUCAAACACGUGAAGUCAAUCUCUGCAAGACAUGGAAUCCCUAAGAUUGUCUGUAGUGACAAUGGACCAUGCUACAGCUGCAAAGAGUUCCAGAACUUCAAGCACUCUAUAUGCCCAGUCAAACGGUAAAGCAGAGAAAGGAGUUCACAUAGUCAAACAGCUGCUCAAGAAAGCACAAGACAGUAGCUCAGAUCCAUAUCAAGCUCUGUUAAGUUACUGAGCUUUGCCACUUGAACAUGGCAUGUCUCCUUCUGAGCUUCUGAUGGGACGUAGGCUACACACCACACUUCCCUACACUGCAUGACAAAAGAAGCACAAAGAGAUUAAACAGAAACAAAAGCAGCGGACCAGCUGAGCAGACACAUUCAUCACUUGUGCUGAGAAGGUCCACACGACAUGUCGAAGCACCUGACAGGCUGAAUCUUUAAAGCAAAAGAACUGAGAUGUGUAUCCUUUAAAAAAAAAAAAAAAAAAUAAACUCAAAUAUGGACACGUGCAUUGAAAUAGGAAAAAAAAGUAUUACACUUGUAAAAGGUUUGUUUAUGCUGUUGAAAUAAGGAACAUGUUGUUCAUGUGUGUGGUUGAAAAGAAUAGUGUAUUACAGUUUGAAGUUGCUAGAUGAAUAGUUUUUUGGGUAUAGCUUACAUCUAAAGAACAGGGAAUGUUGUGAUAGGAGUUACUAAUACUUCCAACCACCAGAGUGCAACAACAAUUAGUGUUCUUACCUGUAAGCUAAACUUGAUCGUCUUGAUUACAAUCAGAUUAAGUAUAAGACACCACACCUGCUGGAUGUACGUUAGCCGUUACAAUAGUUAAUAAAUAAUAAUUUGUGAUGGACCCAGGUUUCUUCAGUUUAUAUUGGAAACAUUACAUUAUUUGAGUAUUUAAACAAGCUAAGUCAGGGUAUAUUAGGGGUAUUUAAAUAUAAAUCUACAUUGACUGAGUUUGGAAACCAUUAAACAUGUCCAUUGAUCCAAAACCUUUAUCCUGUUUUACUAUAUGACUGCAGUCAGAGAGAUGAUUCCUUUGGGACCUCCAGUCAUGAAGAUCGAAAUGGAGAGGAUGACUGCAAAGGGGGAAGAUUGGAUGAAAGAUGUCAUUCUCUGCUACAGAUGAAAAAAAAACGCAGCAGAGGAGAGGGGAGGGAGGACAGAGACACAUCGGCUGUAUAACAGAGAGCUUUGGUCAUAAAGCUGCCAGGGCUCAGCAGCUUCUUUCCUUCUCUCUCUUGGUGAGGAUGGAGACCCUGGAAGAAGUUGAACUCUGCUUUCCACAAUUCCUCAACGCCUCCUGCAAGAAGACAAAGCGUUCUCAUUUUGAGGUCAUACUGUCUUACAUUAUACUGUCCUCCAUCACUGUGCUCACCACAACUCUGAACCUGAUAGUCAUCAUCUCCAUCUCACACUUCAAGCAGCUCCACACCCCCACCAACCUCCUCCUCCUCUCUCUGGCUGUCUCAGAUUUCUUUGUGGGCCUCCUCAUGUUCUUUCAAAUUAUGCUCAUAGACGGCUGCUGGUUCCUCGGUGACCUUAUGUGUAUUCUUUAUCAGUAUCUAGCAUACAUUAUUACCUCUACCUCAGUAGGAAACAUGGUGCUCAUAUCUGUUGAUCGCUAUGUGGCAAUUUGUGAUCCUCUGCAUUACUCCACCAAAGUCACUCAAAAAAGAGUUCAAGUCUGUGUUUCUCUGUGUUGGAUAUGCUCUAUACUCUUUCAAAGUCUGAUGCUUAAGGAUAACUUGGAACAACCAGGCAGGUAUAUUUCCUGCUCUGGUGAGUGUGUGGUUGUUAGUAACUACAUUGCAGGACUUGCUGAUUUGGCUUUGUCCUUUAUUGGUCCUGUCGUUGUCAUCAUAGUCCUGUAUAUGAGAGUGUUUGUGGUGGCUGUGUCUCAGGCUCGUGCCAUGCGGUCUCAUAUUGUAGCUGUCACAAUUCAGGGUUCAGUGAAAGUAGUUGUUAAGAAAUCUGAGAUCAAAGCAGCCAGGACUCUCUGUGUUGUUAUAUUUGUUUUUCUAAUAUGCCUCUGCCCAUAUUACUUUGCGGUCAUUACAGACCAGGACGCCUUGCUCAGUGCUUCAUCUGCUGCCUUUGUGAUAUGUCUGUUCUAUUUUAAUUCCUGUCUGAACCCUAUAAUCUAUGCCUUUUUCUAUCCCUGGUUCAGAAAAUGUCUUAAGCUCAUUGUUACACUUCAGAUACUGCAGCCUGACUCCUGUGAGGCCAACAUACUGUAGUGAGAGAGAGAAAGAGUGUAGUGACUAAAAAUAAUUUCACUAUGACAAGAAUAUUGUACUUGGCCAUGUUGAGUCAGUGAAUAAAAAGAUAUAAGUCUGUA